CUGCGGCGCGCGAGGCUGCCCGGCGCGACGCUGACGAGUCAAAGGCCGCCGCCGACGCGAGCAAGAAGGCGGAGGCGGAGGCGGCGGCGGAGGCGAGGGCGGCCGCAGACGCGCAGAAGCGGGUCGAGGCGGAGUCCAAGAAGGCGGCGGAGGAAGCUGCUCGCCAGGAGGCUGCCGAGGCGCGGGCAGCGGUUGCGGCUCAGCAGAAGACCGAGGCGGAGGCGGCCAAGCAGCGUGCGGCGGAGGAGAAGGCCGAGGGGAAGUCGCCCCUCGAGCAGUCCAAGUUUGACACCGCCCGCCAACAACAAAAGGCGCCCGCGGCGGAGGCUUCGAAAAAGGAGGCGGCGGCCCGGGAGGCAGCCGAGGCCAAGGCGGCCCCGGCCGAGGCGAAGUCGCGCCUCGAGCAGUCCAAGCUCGACACCGCCCGCCAGCAGCAAGAGGCGCGCGCGGCGGAGGCUGCGAAGAAGGAGGCGGCGGCACGGGAGGCUGCCGAGGCCAAGGCGGCCGCGGUUGCUGCCAAGGAGACUGCGGCGCGGGAGGCGGCCGAGCAGAAAGCGGCGGCGGCAGCGCAAAAGAAGUCCGAGGCGGAG